UAUGGAAAAAUAUAUACCGCGUGGUAUCACCACUGGGAUGAGUUUCUCCAUGUGAUGCAGAUGAAUUUGUCUCUUGGUCUCUUUGAAACUAUUUGUCGAUUAUUAUUUAAACGUCUUAUAUUUUUAAUUUUGUGUAAUAUUGAAAUAUAAAGUUAAGUUACUAUCAUACACAAUUUUCUUUUUGUUAAAUUUAAGAUUGCAGUAGCAUUUUGCAUUGAGGUUAAGUCAGAAUUAAGAUUUAUUCAAAGAUGAAGCGGAAAGCAGAAAAUUUAGAUGCUGAUAACAUAAAAACAAAUAAUGAUGUGGAAACAGAUAAUAAAAAGAAAAAGAAAGUGAGAUUUGAGAAAUCUUUAGACAAGCCUACAAGUAAAAACAUAAAGACACCCAUUGCAAAGAAGAAUUCACAGGGAAAUAAUGUAAAAUUGGCGAAAAAUAAUGCAACUAUUGAGAAAAUAAAUCAGCUGAAAUUGAAGAAAAAAAAAGAGCUUGGACAGAAAUCAGAAGCUACGAAAAAGAAAAACUCAAAGGAUAACAAUGUAGAAUUAGUGAAGAAUAAUGUGACAACCGAAAAGACAGAUUGGCUCAAACUUAAAAAGGAAAGAAAAGAGCUUAGAGAAAAACGCAGAGCCAAAAAAGUGAAUAAUGACACAGUGUAUGAUAAAAUCAUUCAAGCUAAGAAAAUUAGUGAGAAGUUACGCAGAUCUGACUGUACAUUGCAAGAACGUGUAAAGUUAGCUCGGACGUUACAUGAAAUGUUGAAAACUCACUACAACAAAGUGAUAUUCACACAUGAUAUGUCCAGAGUAGUUCAGUGCAUAAUUAAAUAUUGUGAAGCAGAUGUUCGACAGACUAUAGUACGUGAGAUAAAGCCAUUUAUUACACAGAUGUUAGAGUCGAAGUAUGCGAAAAAUUGUAUAAGGACCAUUUUGAAGCACGGCUCGCGAGAAAUCAAGAACGACGUUAUUUCUGCAUUUUAUGGUAAUAUCGUCAGGCUAAUGAGUCAUGCUGUGUCGGCUCCUCUCAUCGAACUCACAUAUUCCACUUGGUGUACAGACCUCGACAAGAUAUAUUUCAAGCAGGAAUUUUUUGGGGAUCUGUAUAAACUGAUGAAAGACAAAACCGUUAUAUCAUUGUCGGACGUAUUUGAAACUGCCAUGGAUAUGAAGACAGCCACGUUGUCCGCAGUAAAGACGAAUCUAGUGCGAAUCUUGAAUAAGAGUCUUAUUAAUUCUACUCUGUUGCACACGGUUAUAUGGGAAUUUUUCUGCGUAUGUUCAGUGGAAGACAGGAAUGAGUUAAUAGUUAUGCUACGAGAUUUCAUUAUAACGCUGUCGCAGACGAAAAUGGGAGCGAAAGUCGCUGCGCAAUGUAUAUGGCAUGGCAAUAACAAGGAUAGAAAAGUUAUCAUGAAAGCUUUUAAAGAGAACGUAAAAACAGUUUGCACAUCUGAAUACGGUUACAUGACGUUAUUGGCACUCCUCGAUUCCGUAGAUGACACCGUUAUUAUGAAGAAAAUAAUACUGUCUGAACUGCAACAAGAUCUAAUCGAUAUUGCGCUAAACGAAUAUGGAAGACGCGUUAUAUUAUAUCUUGUAGCUAGAAGAGACUCUCACUAUUUCCCGCCGAGUAUCGUGGAAUAUUUGCAGAAAGGCGAUAAUAACUCGAUAAGCAAGAAGCCUGCCGACAUUAGAGAAAAAGAACUCCUCGAAACGAUUCGGGAUCCGCUUCUUGAUGCUGUAAUCGCAGAUGCAGCAACGUGGCUCUCCAACGGCGCAAUAGCCAUGGUUACUCUAGCGAUAUUAAAAGUGGGUUCUGGGCAGAAACUGCAUUCCGCGUUCGAAUCAAUUGCUAAAUUUAUUAGCAACGUAGAUGCAAAAAUCAAAGAAAAUGAUGCUGAGUGUAAUUUGGUCGAACAUCCCGGAUUACAUAUGAUGUUGAAGAAACUUAUUCAGAAUGAUCAAGAAUUGCUGAAAAAAGACGAAUGUACAUUUGGGGAAAUAUUAAUAUCGCGUUUAACUGCAGAGGUGCUACAAAAGUGGAUAGAAUUUAACAGAGCUUGUUUCUUACUGAUCUUCCUUAUAGAAAAUGAGUCUGAAAGUAAUACACGUAUAUUAUCGUCCAAGUUGAAACCGUUAACGAAAAAUCUCGUAUCAAAGAAAAAUUCUGGAGCAUCGAUAUUGUUAAAAAAAUUGAAAAAAUAUGAAUGAUGUCAUCAAAUUUAAAUU